AUGAAGAUGGUUCAGUCAGAACCAGUCGCAACGGCGUCGACAGCAACGAAGAACCCAUCGUACCGCAAGCUCUGCUCAUACGUGAAGUAUUUGCACCGGAGCCUCCGCCUACACUCGUCAAAUCUCCGCCCUAACGACCCUGCCACAUCGCUCAACGCCAACGAAACUCUGGAACAACCACGCCCAUUUCUACACCAUCCAGCAGCUCCUGCGCUGCGCCGAGCUCGACUGUUGACGCAGAAAUCCCCCAACGUCGACGAGCACCGUCGACCUCCACACCAAGCUCUCACGACCCUCAACAUCGUCCAACACCACCUCCGGCCCAGCACCCCGCGCCAUCUACACAGACAUGCACUUCCAGCACCUCAAUUUGGGCUUGUGCAUGACCAUCCUCAAUCGACUACCGGCAACAUGCAGGCCCGCAAGGCUCGUGCCGACUCUCCAGCUCUCGCCAGGCCUGCCAACGCCCGUUUUUUCAAGUUAGAUGAACAGUAG